AUGGGGAAUGAGGGCAAUGAAACAGGUUUCGUAAAAGACCGUAAUAGACAAGGUAGAACAGCAAUAGCUACAAAUCCUAAUAAAAGAUUGAAUGUUCUACACUCUUUUAUCGAAGAUCCGCGUAAAUCAGUUCGUAAAGUUGCACAACAACACGACAUCAAUCCUAUGUCAGUUCAUAAAAUUCCAAAAAAGGAAAAAUUUCAUCCCUAUAAGAUCCAUCUGGCGCAGAAACUUUGUGAAGAUGAAUUUGAUCGUCGCAUUGAAUUUUGUGAAAGUAUGAUGUUAAAUAUCGAUAGAAAUCUUUUAUUUGUAGACGACAUUAUUUUUUCAGAUGAAGCUACUUUUGAGCUAAUCGGGAAUGUAAAUCGACAUAAUUGCAGAUAUUGGAGCGAUGAAAAUCCUCAUUGGAUGUACGAGGCACAUACUCAGAUUCAGCAAAAAGUCAACGUAUGGGCUGGAAUUUUAAAUGAAGCCAUUAUUGGGCCUUUCUUUAUUGAAGCAAGAUGGGGCGCCACCUCACUACGGUUUACGAGUACGCCAAUAUCUAAAUGA